CACAAUCUCCCUUUUUUUACUUUUUCUUGGUUGUUGUGGAGAACGACGAUUGGAGGGAUCGUUGCGUGAAUGAAGGUACUGCUUCAAUGGCGGAGAACGUCGCUGUCACGAAGAAGAUCGAGCCUUCGAUUCCUGCAAACUACGUGAGUAUUCUUCAGCUGCAGGAGCGUUGGCUCAAGGAGAAAGAGCGUAAGCAGAAGGAGAAAGAAGAAGAAGAACGAAGACGGAAUCAGCAUGUCGAGGAGCAGAAACGGGGAGAGAAAUAUCUAGAGAAGGAAGUCGGUGAUGGUGUUAGAUGCCGGAACUCCGACGGGAAGGGUUUCGGUCGAAAGGAUCGGAGGUUUUCUGGACGAAAUCUUCGGAGAAAGGAAAGAUUUUCCGGCGGUGAAGCGAUUUCCGGCGAUUCAGAGGAACCGAUAAUCGCCGCGGUCGUAAUCGAGAACGGUGAAGCGGCGGCGGCGGCGGCGGCGGCAGAUGAGAGAUCGCCGGAGAUUAAGAAGAAAAAGAAGAGAUCAGGUAAGAAGAAGAGAAAUCAAGCUCCGAUUGAGGGAAAUUUCGUCGGAUGUGAAACAAACGCGCCGCCUGAGAACAGCCGAAAGGAUGAUAUUCCUGUGAAGAAGGUGAUUGGGAGAGUGUAUAAGCCAAAAGAGGUAGAUUAUCCACCAAGCGAGAAAGCUCCGACCGAUCCGAAGACGGCCAUGGAAACGCGAUUCGAGGUUCUUACCAUCAAUGGCGGCGAAGAGCGAGGAGACGCUACAAAACUCAAUCCAAGGGCAAGGUUGAAUCGCGGCCAUGACAACGAGCGGCGGAAUCCGAGGACGAAACGCUAUGGGAGAGAGCCGAUGAUGGUGUGGGUGAAGAAGGGAGAGAUUCCUGCAAAAGGCAAUGGAAGUGGCCAGUAAAACGUACAACUCUUCCUUAAUGGGUCUCCAUUGAUUGAAGCUGUUGCGAGGUGAAAAAGGCAAAACAUGUAUGUGGGUAUGAUCUUGGAACAGAAGACAAGAAGGUAGUGAAUUGAAUUCUUCUUAGAGAGCAUUAGGGUUUAGGGUUUGAUUUCAGCCAUUGGAUGUGAAUGAGAUUCUCUGGAAUUCGUAUGCAGAGAUGGCAUAGUAUUGAGUUUGUGAAUGUACAUACUUAUAUAUGAUCAUGCCAUGUUAAUUCUAUCGCUAGAUCUACCCGAGUCACUUUACCUGCC